CUUUCCUUUUCCCUUACCUCUGCAAACUCAGAUCUGGGUUCUCUCUCAAACCCAGAUCUAGGUUUCCUCCCCCUAUCACCCCCUGCCACCACCUUUGAAAUGCCAACCUGGCUCUUCGCCGCCACCUGAUCCGCCUUCACAUCCAGGUCCUUCCUAUUUCCUCCCCCCUUCACCCCCUACUUCUUCAUCUUCAGGAUUUGUCGACGUUUCCUCUUCUUCCACGCCUUCUUGCACAGCCCUGUGGGUACCUUGUAGAACCCCAGCACCAGUAGCUCCAUCACCGAGCACGAACAAUAGUAGCAAACCACCGCGCACUCUGCCAUCCCCGCACCCACCACCUAAGCGGAUGUGUCCGCCCGUUCACCAGCGCCGAUCUCAUCAAAGUCUGACGAAUCAUGUUUGGUGAGAUGGGUAUCAAAGAAACCCAGAUUUCUUGGAUUCUUUAAUACAACAACAACAACAAGAAGCAACUAAAGAAACUAAAAAAAUUCAGAGAUAAAUGGGUGAAGGGUAGAGAAGAAAAGAUCAGGUAUUUUUUUUCUGUUGAAAAGAAAACGAUUGGAACAAAUAUUGUUAUUGCUAUCCUUGUUUCAUUUCUUUUCUAUCUAUCUAAACAGAGAAGGAUGAAAUGAUGAUAGAGAAAAGAAAGAGGAAAAGAAAGUGGGGUUAUAUUGUUAAAGGGGGUGUUUGGAUUGAUGGUAAAGAAACAGGAAAGCAUUAAAGGGGGAAGUCUAAGAUAAAACCCAGAUUUGGGUUUGAGAGAGAAAGAAGAUGAAAGGCAGAAACCUCCUUUUCCCCCUUCUUCAAAAAUUUCCUUUGAAUUUUCUACCCCCAUACAGCUCUUCAUCUUUAGAUUUAAAAGCAAUAAAGUUCCUUUGAUCUUUGUGCUAUGAAUUCCUUUUGAUUUUGACACCGUGAGAGUGCAGAAGGUGAGAGCCAUGAGCACGUAUGACCAAAUCCUGAGCAUAGCUAAAUUUUUUCGGUCAAUUGAACUAAUUCCUACCCUGGUGUUGAUCUCCGCUCGCGUUCCUUUCGUCAUCAGGAUCUACGGUGAGUUUUUUGCCAAACUUGGCAGUGUCAUCACUAGUCAUCUGUUCGUCUUCCUCUUCUGCAACGCCAUCAUCGCUACUCUCCUCGCCAAGUCCGACAGAUUGUCCACCAAGAAUCUUGAAGCCUACAAUGCCGAGGAUGAACUCUACGAGGAAGUCAUCAAAAACACUGAAAAUCGACAACCGAUAUCUUCGGAAGAUGCUACGGAACUCUCGAUAGAAGAGACUGUUUAUCAGGACAAGGAGAUCAUCUCUCAAGUGAAUGCGAUUGAUUUGGAAACGCAGCGCAAUUUGGCAUCAGAUCUUGAUUCUGAUUCGGAUUUGGACAUGGAUAAACUGAAAUCUUACCAGAGGAGCAAGUCGGAGAAGUUUGUUAGAGCAAUUGCGGAGAAAGGAAAAAGAGAACUGCGACAAUUGGAAUCGGAAAAGAGCAGGAAAGUCAAAUGACGCAAUGAGAAACCAUUAAAGUGGUGUUUCAGUGGCGAUGAAAUUGCUCCCUUUUUCUAAAACCCAAAUCUGGGUUUGAGAAAGGAAGAAGAAGGAAGAAGAGAGAUAGAGAGAGAGAGAAAGAAUAAGAAGAAGAAAGAAGAAGGAUGAGCAAGGAAAGGAAGGAGGAAAGGAGGAAGAAGAUGAAGUUUGAGAGAACCCAGAUCUGGGUUUGCAGAGGUAAGGGAAAAGGAAAGGUAAAGGAGAGAGAAAGUGAAAGAGGUAGAAGAGAUAACGGGAAUGGAAAAAAAACAUAUUAUUAUUUU